UUCAUCACAGGUGCCAAAUCUGGAACUCACACCUCUAUUGUCUUCAUAUAGUUCUCGCUGCUCCAAAACGAGCUCAAAUAGCUUGAACUUCUGAACAGGAAAGCCUUGGGUCAAACACUUGAACUAGUGGAUUCUGGAUAGUUCAUCUGUUCUUCAGGCCUAAAAGCAGAGAAGAUGUCCUUCCUCCUGCAGCAGAUGUUGGGGGACAAACUGAAGAACAUGACAGGAGGAGGAAACACCGACGGAGAGGAGAGCGAGGGCGGAAAAGAGUCGGCGGCGUCUAAAGGAAUGAGCAGAGAAGAGUUCGAGGAGUAUCAGAAACAACUGAUCGAGGAGAAGAUCGCCAGGGACAAGGAGUUUGCUACAAAAAAAGCAGAGCGAGCAAACUUACGAGUGCUGAUGCGUGACAAAUACAGAAUACCACAGAGUGCUCAAGAUGAAGCCACUGUCCAGAUGGCCGGAGACGACCUGGACAUUCCCGAGGAGCUGGCGAAGAUGGUGGAUGAAGACGAGGAACAGGAAGAGUUGAACGAUUCUUUUCUGGGAAAACUCCAGAACAUGGACGUGGACUUUGAUUCGAUCAAAGCCAAAGCUCAGAGCACGAUGACGGAGGUGAAACAGGUGGCGGAAGAAAAAUGUGUCAUGAUGUGAUUAUUCGGUUAAACAAACCAACAAGUAUGGAUUUUUAAAAUGUAUAUAUUUGUAAUGAUAAAGGGAUAUUUUACUCAAAUGAAAGUUCUGUCCUCAUCUAUUCACCUUUAACCUGUAGUAUGACUUUUAAAUCUUAUUCUGAACAACAUUUGUAUGCAAUGACACAAAGGUGACUGAAAAAUGACUGAAUUUUUAUUUUCGGGUGAACUGUCCCUUUAAGAGGGUAAUAGUGCAAUAUGCUAUAGAGGUUACAAGGCUUUCUACAUGCUUCAGCCAAGCAGGACAUUCUGGAUUAACAUCCUCUGCUAAUCAAACAACUUAUAUCAGAGGACAAUAUAUUAACAAAUAUGAAUGUUGUCCAGAAUGAACUCUAAAAUCUGACUGAACUAGAAUCAUGUCCUAUCUGGAUGAAAAAUGUAAAGCAAUGCAAAGCUGUGGAGAUCUUCUGUUUUUCUGAAAAACAAUAAGCAUCAGAGGACAUGUUAAAAUAAUGUUGCUUCAUCUGAAGUAGUUUGCACUAAUGAAACACUUAAAAUUAGGAGUCAUGUAAAAAUGCAAUCAUUUAAAUAUAUCAUUCUUUUUCCACAUUACAGUAAUGAGAAGAUGCAUAACAAAUAUGGUUAAUUUUCAAUACAUAAUGAAAAAAUGCAAUGCAAAAAAUAUGUUUUUUAAAUUUUGUUACUUGUAAGAUUUACCCGGCUAUUUAUUGAUGUGUUAAAGUCCACAAUUGGUUUGGGAAUUGUUUUACAAAUUAUUUUUAUUUGGCUUCAUUGUGUCAUUCUUUAUGUUUUAAGUCAGCAUUACUGUACUUUACUGUAUUAUUCUAUUGUCAGCAUGAAUUCAAAAUAAAGUAUUUGC